GGAGCUGCGGCAGCAGGAUGGCCGCAGAGCUGAGCCCGGAGGAGGAGCAGGCCACGAAGCAGUUCCUAGAGGAGAUUAACAAGUGGACUGUGCAGUACAAUGUGUCUCCGCUUUCCUGGAACGUGGCCGUCAAGUUCCUCAUGGCUAGGAAGUUUGAUGUCCUCCGAGCGAUCGAGCUGUUCCACUCCUACAGAGAAACUCGGUUGAAGGAAGGAAUUGUGAAGCUGAAACCUCAUGAAGAACCUCUGCGCUCUGAGCUGCUCAGUGGGAAGUUCACCAUCCUAAGUGCGCGGGACCCCUCCGGAGCCUCUAUUGCCCUCUUCACCGCCAAGUUACAUCAUCCCAAUAAAAGCGUCCAACAUGUGGUGCUCCAGGCGCUGUUCUAUCUGCUGGACAGAGCUGUGGAGAGCUUUGAAACGCAGAGAAACGGCCUGGUGUUCAUCUACGACAUGGCGGGCUCCCACUAUACCAACUUCGAGCUGGACCUGAGCAAGAAAAUCCUCAACCUGCUGAAGGGAGCCUUCCCGGCUCGUCUCAAAAAGGUGUUUAUUGUGGGUGCCCCGAUGUGGUUCCGAGUCCCCUACUCCAUCAUCAGCCUCCUGCUGAAAGAGAAGCUCCGAGAAAGGGUUCAGAUGGUGAAGAUGUCAGAGCUGAAGGAACACCUGCCCCGGGAAUGUCUCCCCGAAUACCUGGGGGGAUCUCUCAAGCUGGACCCUCUCAGCUGGAACUGCGGGUUCCUCCCCCAGCAGAAUGGCCAUCCAGACCCGUUGGAUGAGCUGAUCCUGGUACCGCUGGUUUCCCCACGAGAUAACGGCUCAGUGCAUGUUCCAGGACCAAAGUGCAUGACUGUCCAUCAACUGAAGGACCAUGUGAACCGAAAGCAGAAGAGGGGAAUCUAUGAGGAGUACGAGGACAUCCGGCGCAGGAGUCCUGCGGGGACCUUCAUCUGCUCCCUGGCUCCGUAUAACCAGGAGAAGAACCGUUAUGGGGACGUGCCGUGCCUGGACCAAACUCGAGUGAAGCUGACCAAGCAGUACAGCCGCGCCGAGAUGACAGACUACAUCAAUGCCAGCUUCAUGGAUGGCUAUAAGCAAAGGAAUGCUUACAUUGGUACUCAAGGACCUCUGGAAAACACGUAUUGUGACUUCUGGCGCAUGGUGUGGGAGCAAAACGUUCUGGUGAUUGUCAUGACAACCAGGCUUGAGGAGGGAGGCAGGAGGAAGUGUGGCCAGUACUGGCCAUUGGAGAAAGACUUCCAGGUGUGCUACGGAUCCCUCACCGUCACCAACCUUGGGGUGGAGAACCUGAACCAUUACAAGAAAACCCUUCUGGAGAUCUAUAACACUGAGCACAGAGAGAGGCGACUGGUGUCCCAUUUCCAGUACUUGAGUUGGCCGGAUUAUGGCGUUCCUUCUUCAGCUGCCACUCUGAUCGACUUCCUGGGGGCGGUCAAGCAGCAGCAGAGGUUGGCGGCCAGUGCCCUGGGGCCUCGCUUCAAAGGUCACGCAGGAGGGCCGCCUAUGGUGGUCCAUUGCAGCGCUGGCAUCGGCAGGACAGGUACCUUCUGCGCGCUGGACAUCUGCCUCUCCCAGCUGCAGGACAUGGGCACGCUGAACGUGUACCAGACGGUGAUGCGGAUGAGAACGCAGAGAGCCUUCAGCAUCCAGACCCCCGAGCAGUACUAUUUCUGUUACACGGCCAUCAUUGAGCAUGUGCAGAGAGAGGGCCUGCUGCUCUCCACUCCCACACGGGCAGGCCAGGAGAAGAGCUAA